GAACCCAACGAACCCUUUGUCUUUCUUGUGCCAGUGGAGAAGAAAGGAGAGCCAGCAUUCGUGCGUUUUUGGAUUCUUCGAUCGUUGCUCGCCAAUCCGGCGCCUCCGGCAGCUCCCUGCCGAUUCUCCUGAUCUUCGUCAACGGAUCCACCAGCCCUGGUAUUUCUUGAUGGAUUCUCAUCGCCCCGCAGCUCGCCUCAAGCUCGCGCACCGGAGCGGCGUCUCAUCGGCCUCAAAUCUUGCGGCGUCUCUAGCCUUCUUGCAAACUAGGGACAAACACUGGUCGUGUUCGCUGUCGUGCUCGAUUUUCUCCUGAGGCAUCGUUCUUCUGUCUCCUGAGGCACACAAGCUCACGUCGCGCAAGCAGCCGCCAAGUGGUUCCAAACAAGAUGGUGGUGCUCCAGAAUUUUCGGGUGCAAGACUUUCUCGAGGCGGCCGAGCUGGAAAUCUGUGCAAUUCUUUACCACCCAUUCAAUUUGAGCACCAUGGCUGGAACACUUUCUGAUUCGAGGCUGUCAUGCUUUCUGCGAGACGAAGGCUAUGUUUUGUCCGUUGCUUCAUCGCUUUCAAAGCACCAGCCUACAAAGGCAUUGCUCAUGAAACUCUCCCACAGCAUCUACAAGGGGAAUGAGGACGCAGUGACAGAUUCGGCAAAAGAAAUGAAAUCUUUUAUGAUGAAGUUGGCAGCAGACAGCGAUGUCAAAGCCAGCGUGAUUCUCAUGGCAAUUUUCCACGCACGAGUGUUUCUUGCAAGAACUAUCUCCAAAUAUAUGGCUCCAGGCCAGAGCAGCUGGAUUUCAGCGUAUAACGAGCAUGAUUUCCAGGUUUGCGCGUCUUUACUGGAGAAAGAUCUCGAAACGAAGCUUUUGCAAGAUGGAAAAGGAGGUGUACUCGAGAAACUUUUCAAGGAAGCGUUGAGCCACCAGAUACAAAUUUUUUCCUCGGCUUAUCCGCGACACAAGGACGAGGCAACUUGCAGCUCCAAUCCGUGGCACCCCGUCAACCUUCUCUUUACAACGGACUACGAUAUCACUUGCACCGUCAAAGACACAUCAGAGAUAUUGGUCUCAGUGGCGAAAAACAACUCAUCCACUAGUGAAGAUCCACAGGAACGCUACUGGUCCCUGAUGAAGGUGCACGACAAUCGUAUCAAGAACUGCUUGUCGAUCUGGGAGUUUGAGAGCGUCGCUGCGAAGCUGACCCCCGUGACCGAGAAGCGAGGCGGUUUGUAUCAUCUGGUUCCCGGGAUGGACUUGGGACUCAGAUCAUACAUCAAAGGCAGCCAGGAACAGUUCGCGAAUCCCGACGUCUCGUGCGUCUACGAGAGCAGCAACCUCAGGAACAUCUUGAGGCAACUCGGGGACCUCGAGAAGAAAAUAAACAAGGAAGUCAUGGCAGGAGGUGUUUUGAAAGGAGUUCGGCGCGAGCAAAUAAGACGAGAAGUGAAACGAAUUCCCCUACUCCACCGCUGCUCGGAGUUCCUCCAACAGCUAAGCGAGAUCAACAUUCCCAUGCACUGCAUCUCCGCGAGCUGGUCUCGCGAUCUUAUCAUCGGAGGACUUCCAAGCCUGCCGGAGGGUCACUUGUUCGUUCACUCUAACGAUCUAGUCUACGACGAGAAAGGAACCUCCGAUGGAACCUUUCAAGGCGUGGUCCAGGACGCAUUCGACAAGGAAGCCAUCCUACACGCACUGCGAAGGAUGUAUAACGUGUACCCGGACGAGAACAAGAGAGCGGUGUUCUUGGGGGACAGCACCAACGAUCUCUUGGCGCUGCUGGACGCCGACUUGGGGAUCGUCAUGGGACACAACCCCGCGCUCAGAGAGAUGCUGCUGCGCUACAACCUCCAGCUCUUCCCGCUCGCCAUCGCCGCAGCUCACAUCCAGGCUUCCAUCGAGUCCGGCAAUCCAAAGAGCUACCGCCACAGCGGCGUCUUGUUUGAGGCGUCAGGGUGGAGCGAAGUGGAGGCUUGCUUGCUAUUAAAGUAAUAUUUAUCAAAGUUUUGUACUUUACUGAAAAUUACUCUCUCCGCUUACCGA